AUGGCUAAAGUAGUUUAUAUUAUUACAUUGGUGGAUCUUACCCUUCUUUUGGUUACUAGUGUAUUAAUGUUAAUUUAUCUGUUAUCUAUUAUUUUUGUUAAACGAUUUCAUACUACAAGCAAUAUUCUAACUGGUAAUGUCUGUUUAGCUGGUAUUAUUUGUACUAUCUAUUGGGUUAUAGAUAUUGUUGUAUCUGUCUUUUAUCCGGCACUUCUCGAUGAUUAUAUUGUCUUAUGUAUUCUUAGUCAAUGUUUUCCAACAAUGUUCAAUUGUUUAACGAUUUACUCGUUAGUAAUAAUAACUAUAAAUCGAUUUUUUACAGUUGUUUAUCCAAAAAAAAGAUUAUUUCAGAGAAAAACAUGGUGUUUUAUCUCCAUAAUUGUACAAUGGAUAACUGCUAUUUGUGUGCCUAUACCUCAACUGGUUUUUGAUUGUCAGUCUUGUACAUACAAAACUCCAUUACCACACUGGAUUAAUGUUUAUAAAUUAUUAGUGAUUGUUAUAAUUCCUUCGAUUUUAAAACUUGUUUUCAAUGCGAUGAUAUUUUCCUUCGUACGAUCGUCAAGUAAACGUGUACAUACUACGACAGCAACAGCUAUAGCACCUGUUGCAAAUUUAAAACAUCAACAUAAUCGAGAUAUGUAUUUACUCAAACACAUGCUUUUUCUUCUUACUGUGUUUGUUAUUGGAUGGGCACCCGUUUACCUCAUAGCAGCCAUUGAUCCUACUGACAACUUACUAUUAUGGGUAUCUCUGUUAUUACAAAUGUUACCAGUAAAUUGUGGAAGUAUAUAUUCAACAACAUUAUUCCUUAGUUUUUAUUCUUUAUCUGUUGUGGUCAUUAUACCAUCCAUUGUCAAUAUUCUUUUUAACUCACUGAUAUUUAUGUCAGUACGAUCAUCGACUCGACGUAUUAAUGCUUUGGCAACAACAACAACAAAAACUUCUGUAACAAACACAACGCAUCAAGAUAAACGUGAUAUUUAUUUACUGAAACAUAUAGUCUUCAUGUUUAUUGUAUUUAUUAGUGGAUGGGCGCCUGUUUAUACAGUUUUUAUUGUGGUAGAUUUCGCUAACCCUAUAGGCUUAUGGCUUACUUUAUUAUUACAGUUUCUUCCUGCAUUAAGUUUACUUAUUACACUGAUUUAUCUUAUUCCAAUUAUUUUACUUCGGCGUUUUCAUACUACAACCAACAUUUUAACGGGUAAUUAUUGCAUUGCUGGUAUAAUUUGUUCUGGUUUUUGGAUUCUAUAUAAUGUAAUAACGGAAUUUUAUUUUACUACAUUCUUUCAAUCUUAUAAUGCAUGCAUGGUACUUGCAUAUUUUCGUUUGAUGGUCAAUAGUUUAUUAGUUUAUUCUUUAACAAUGAUAACUAUAAAUCGUUAUUUUACAAUCAAAUACCCAAACAAAUUAUUAUUUAAAAGAAAAACAUGGUCAAUUGUUUCAUCGAUUAUACCAUGGAUAAUUGCUAUUGUUGUGUCGAUGCCUGCGAUUAUUUUCUCAUUACAUAAUUGUGAAACUAUAUAUUCAACAUCAUUUUCGCUUAAUUUUUAUUCUUUAUGUGCUGUGGUUAUUGUACCAUCCAUUGUCAAUAUCAUCUUUAAUUCAUUGAUAUUUAUCUCGGUAAGAUCAUCAACUCGACGUAUUAAAGCUUUAACAACAACAACAACAAUUACUGUGACAAGCAUAACGCAUCAAGAUAAACGUGAUACAUAUUUACUGAAACAUAUAGUCUUCAUGUUUAUUGUAUUUAUUAGUGGAUGGGCGCCGUUUGAAAACAUGCCAUAG